AUGCAGUCAAUCCGCUAUCUUAGAGCUUUCCUUCGCUCAAGUAGCAGGAAGACAACGACGCUACUGUUUGAAGCUCCACCGAUAUUUUUAUGUCCAUCAGUCCAUGGCUUCGUUUCUAGCUCGGUUCAGUUUGUACAUUCUUCACCAUGUGGUCGAAGCCCUCUCAGGCCCAGCCAGGUCUUGCGGCUUGAAGCACCGCAUACUCUCGCCCCCCAAGAAAGUGAUCAUCAAGAUUCCGCCGCGCAGGCAGAAGCCCCUUCCGACCCAGCAUCUAGAGCCGUUGAGCUUGGCCUGCCGAUACAAUGUACCGGCUGUGGCGCCUUCACUCAGUUCUUGGAUCCUGAUCGCGCCGGAUAUUUCAGUCCCGGCAGGACAGACGUCAAGAAGAGCCUAGGCUUGGUGCCACCACCAACCGAACCGCGGGAGCGGACCGAAGACGAGGUCGUUGAAGAUGUCGCCAAGAAGGUCGACAUGGAGCGCCUGCGGGCCAUGGGCAUCGACAUCGACUCACUCUUUGCCAGAUCAGAUAGGUACGAGCCGCCGCCGCCCAAGACGCCCAUGUGCGACCGUUGUCACAACCUGGUCCACCACUCAAAGGCAGAGCCCAUCGCGCACCCGAGCGUCGACGCCCUGCGCGAGACCAUUGAGGAGACUCCGUACAAGUACAACCACGUCUACCACAUCCUGGACGCCGCCGACUUCCCCAUGUCGAUGCUGCCGCGCGUGCGGGAGCUGCUCGACAUGAUGCCCUUGCGCUCGCGCAACAGGCGCGCCCGCCAUGGCCGCUUUUAUGAGGACCGCAAGAUUGAGAUGAGCUUCAUCAUCACGCGCUCCGAUCUCCUCGCGCCCAAGAAGGAGAUGGUCGACCGCAUGAUGCCCACCCUGAUCGAGACGCUAAGGGACGCCCUUGGGCGCUCCGGCAGGAGCGUCAGGCUUGGCAACGUCCGCUGCGUCAGUGCCAAGCGCAACUGGUGGACGAAGCAGCUGAAGGAGGAGAUCUGGGAGAGGGGAGGCGCCGGGUGGAUGGUGGGCAAGGUGAACGUCGGGAAGAGUCAGCUGUUCGAGGCGAUUUUCCCCAAGGGAAGGAUGGAAUCUGGCGGCGGAACCAAGGAGGCCGCCACGCCGAUCGAGGUCAAGCUUCCCGCGAAACAAGUGGCUGCCGAUGGCCACCUCAGUAUGGUCGAGCAGGCCAGGGCGGAGCUGGCUAACCGACCGCAACUAGAGGCCGACGAGCUAGAAGGGGAAGCCGAGGACACACUCGACGAGUUUUCUCUUCUGCCGCCCUUGCGCCCAGAAACUAACUACCCCGACAUGCCCGUGGUAUCGUCGCUUCCCGGAACAACGGCCUCGCCCAUCCGCGUCCCCUACGGCAAUGGACGCGGCGAGCUGAUCGACCUCCCCGGCCUGGAGCGGUCACUCCUGGACCGACACGUCCUGCCCGAGCACCGCCACCUGCUUCUCAUGAAGAGACGCAUGCGGCCCGAGCAGCAGGUUCUCAAGCCCGGCCGGUCCCUGCUGCUGGGCGGCUUCAUCCGGCUCACGCCUCGGACUCCGGACCUCGUCUUCCUCACCUACGCCUUUACGCCCAUCACGGCGCACGUCACGCAGACGACCAAGGCGAUAUCGAUCCAGGGCCAGACGGGCGAGGUCAACGUCGAGAACAUUUCUGUGCCCGGCACCAGCGAGACCAUCAAGCUGGCCGGCUCUUUCCCGCUAAAAUGGGACGUGACAAAACAACGCGCGGGACCAAUCACGCGCAGGGACGCCGUCAACAUGAAGGUCGACCGCCUUCCCUACCGCGUCCUCUCGACCGACAUCCUGAUCGAGGGCUGUGGCUGGGUCGAGAUCGUCGCGCAGGUUCGCACCAGGGAUCUGUACAACCCCCCGCCGCCCCCGCCGCCCAAGACGGUCGUGGACAGCAACGGCAUCAUCCAGAGCCUGGACCUGUCCGACGAUCCGGUCGAGGAGCAAGACAGAAGCAGCAGGGAUGCCGAAAGCAACGAGCCCAAUUGGCCCAUCAUUGAUGUCUACUCGCCCGAGGGCAAGUUUGUCGACGCCAGGAGGCCCUUUAACGCCUGGCUGAUGAACAAGGUCCCGGAGCCCAAGAAGGGCAGGCCCAAGAAGAGCAUGAUUGGUGACAAGAAGCGGAAGAAGGCUGCGGCGAGGGCGUUGAGGGAAGCGCAGAGUGGUGGUGGUGGUGGUGGUGGUGGUGGUGGCAGUGGAAGUGAUUGA